CCGCAGCAACGGCUGGCGGCGGGAGCCGGCGGACAGACAGACCGGCAGGCAAGACCCGGGUUAGGGUUGGGGGAGCGCUGGGCUCGGACUUGCCACAGCCGCGGGCCGAGGGACAGAGCCGGGGGCCUGGCUGACCGACUCCCCCACCCAGGAUGAGGCUGCCGCUCCUGGUGGCCGCGCUCUGCGCCGGGAUCCUGGCAGGGGCGCUCCGAGUGCGGGCCCAGCAGAGGGAGAGAGUGACCUGCACUCGCCUUUAUGCUGCUGACAUCGUGUUCCUACUUGAUGGCUCUUCGUCUAUCGGCCGUGGCAACUUCCGUGAAGUGCGUGGUUUCCUGGAGGGACUGGUGCUUCCAUUCUCUGGGGCAGCCAGUGCACAAGGUGUGCGCUUUGCUGCUGUGCAGUAUAGCGACGAUCCACGGACGGAGUUUGGCCUUGAUGCAUUUGGCUCAGGCUCAGGGGGCGAGGUGAUCCGAGCCAUCCGUGAGCUCAGCUACAAGGGGGGCAACACGCGCACGGGGGCUGCAAUUCUCCACGUGGCUGACCACAUUUUCCUGCCCCAGCUGGCCCGACCUGGUGUCCCCAAGGUCUGCAUCCUCAUCACAGAUGGGAAGUCGCAGGACCUGGUGGAUACGGCUGCCCAGCGGCUGAAGGGGCAGGGGGUCAAGCUGUUUGCUGUGGGCAUCAAGAAUGCCGACCCCGAGGAGCUGAAGCGAGUUGCCUCACAGCCGACCAGUGAUUUCUUCUUCUUCGUCAACGACUUCAGUAUCUUGAGGACACUGCUGCCCCUUGUUUCCCGGAGAGUGUGCACAACUGCUGGUGGUGUACCUGUGACCUUGCCCACUGAUGACUUGACAUCUGGGCCACGAGACCUGGUGCUGUCCGAAGCAGGCAGUCAAUCCUUGAGAGUACGGUGGACGGCGGCCAGUGGACCUGUGACUGGCUACAAGGUCCAGUACACUCCUCUGACAGGGCUGGGACAGCCACUGCCAGGCGAGCGGCGGGAGGUGAGCAUCCCAGCUGGUGAGACCAGCACACAGCUGCAGGGUCUCCGGCCACUGACUGAGUACCAAGUGACCGUGGUAGCCCUCUACGCCAACAGCAUCGGGGAGGCUGUGAGUGGGACAGCUCGGACCACUGCCCUGGAGGGGCCAGAGCUGACCAUCCAGAAUACCACAGCCCACAGCCUCCUGGUGGCCUGGCGGAGUGUGCCAGGUGCCACUGGCUACCGUGUGACAUGGCGGGUCCUCAGUGGUGGUGUCACACAGCAGCAGGAGCUGGGCCCUGGGCAGGGGUCAGUGUUGCUGCGUGACCUGGAGCCUGGCACGGACUACGAGGUGACUGUGAGCACCCUGCUCGGCCGUAGCGUAGGAUCUGCUGCCUCCCUGACUGCCCGUACUGAUGCUUCCGUUGAACAGACCCUGCGCCCAGUCAUCCUGGGGCCCACAUCCAUUCUCCUUUCCUGGAACUUGGUGCCUGAGGCCCGCGGCUACCGGCUAGAAUGGCGGCGUGAGAGUGGCUUGGGGGUGCCACAGAAGGUGGUACUGCCCUCUGAUGUGACCCGCUACCAGCUGGAUGGGCUGCAACCAGGCACUGAGUAUCGCCUCACGCUCUAUACUCUGCUGGAGGGCCGCGAGGUAGCCACGCCUGCAACUGUGGUCCCCACCGGGCCAGAGCUGCCCGUGGGCCCUGUGACGGACUUGAAGGCAACAGAGCUUCCUGGGCAGCGGGUGCGAGUAUCCUGGAGCCCAGUCCCCGGUGCCACCGAGUACCGCAUCACUGUGCGCAGCACACAGGGGGUUGAGCGGACCCUCGUGCUUCCUGGGAGUCAAACAGCCUUUGAUUUGGAUGAUGUCCGGGCUGGCCUAAGCUACACUGUGCGGGUGUCUGCUCGAGUGGGCAGCCGUGAGGGCGGUGCCAGCACCCUCACUGUCCGCCGGGAACCGGAAACCCCACUUGCCAUCCCAGGGCUACGAGUUGUGGCAUCAGAUGCAACACGGGUGAGGGUGGCCUGGGGACCUGUUCCUGGAGCCAGUGGAUUUCGGAUUAGCUGGAGGACAGACAGUGGUCCGGAGUCCAGCCAGACAUUGCCCCCAGAAUCCACUGCCACAGAUAUCAUGGGGCUACGGCCCGGAACCUCCUACCAGGUGGCUGUGUCAGCACUGCGAGGGAGAGAGGAGGGUCCCCCUGUGGUCAUCGUGGCUCGCACUGACCCACUAGGCCCAGUGAGGACUGUUCAUGUGACGCAGACCAGCAGCUCAUCUGUCACCAUCUCCUGGAACAGGGUUCCUGGUGCCACGGGAUACAGGGUCUCCUGGCACUCAGGCCAUGGCCCAGAGAAAUCCCAGUUGGUUUCUGGAGAGGCCACAGUGGCUGAGCUGGAUGGGCUGGAGCCAGAUACGGAGUACACGGUGCAUGUGUGGCCUCAUGUGGCCGGUGUGGAUGGGACACCCGCCUCUGUGGUUGUCAGGACAGACCCUGCGCCCGUGGGCAGUGUGUCGAAGCUGCAGAUCCUCAAUGCCUCCAGUGAUGUUCUGCGGGUCACCUGGGUCGGGGUCACUGGAGCCACAGCCUACAGACUGGCCUGGGGUCGGAGCGAGGGUGGCCCCACAAGACAGCAGAUGCUCCCAGGAAACACGGACUCCGCCGUAAUACGGGGCCUCGAAGGCGGAGUCAGCUACUCGGUGCGAGUGACUGCUCUUGUGGGGGACCGUGAGGGAGCACCGGUCUCCAUUGUCGUCACCACGCCGCCUGAGGCUCCGCCAGCCCUGGAGACCCUUCGCGUAGUGCAGCGAGGCGAGCACUCGCUGAGUCUGCGCUGGCAGCCGGUGCCGGGGGCACACGGCUUCCGUCUGCGUUGGCGACCCGAGGGUGGCCAGGAACAGUCCCGGGUCUUGGGGCCCGGUAUCAGCAGCUAUGAACUGGAUGGGCUGGAAUCAGCAACCCCAUACCGAGUGUGGCUGAGCGUUUUGGGGUCAGCUGGAGAAGGGCCCCCCACAGAAGUGAUUGCACGCACUGAGUCACCCCGGGUGCCAAGCACUGAACUGCGUGUGGUGGACACUUCAAUUGACUCAGUGACUCUGGCCUGGACCCCAGUGUCUGGAGUAUCCAGCUAUAUUCUGUCCUGGCAGCCGCUCAGACGCCCUGGCCAAGACAUCCCUGGGGCCUCACAGACACUUCCAGGGAUCUCGAACUCCCAGCAGGUGACAGGGCUAGAACCUGGCAUCUCCUAUACCUUCUCCUUGACACCGAUCCGGGAGGGUGUACGGGGUCCUGAGGCCUCUGUCACACAGAACCCAGUGUGUCCCCAUGGCCAGAUGGAUGUGGUGUUCCUGCUGCACACCACUCAGGACAAUGCUCAUCGUGCAGAGGCUGUAAAGCGAGCCUUGGAGCGUCUGGUGUCUGCGCUUGGGCCUCUUGGGCCACAGGCAAUCCAGGUUGGCCUCCUGUCCUACAGUCAUCGGCCCUCCCCACUGUUCCCACUGAAUAGCUCCUAUGAUCCUAACAUCAUCCUGCAGAAGAUCCGCAGCAUCCCUUACAUGGACCCAAGUGGGAACAACCUGGGCACAGCUGUGGUUACUGCUCACAGACACCUAUUAGCACCAGAUGCUCCUGGGCGCCGCCAGCAUGUACCAGGGGUAAUGGUUUUGCUAGUAGAUGAGCCCUUGAGAGGUGACAUCUUCAACCCUAUCCGUGAGGCCCAGGCUGCUGGGCUCAGAGUGAUGAUACUGGGCCAGGCUGGAGCUGACCCGGAACAGUUGCGUCGCUUGGUGCCAGGCAUGGACCCUGUCCAGACUUUCUUUGCUGUGGAUGACGGUCCAAGCUUGGACCGGGCAGUCAGUGGUUUGGCAACAUCCCUGUGUCAGACAGCCUUGGCCACUCAGCCACAGCCAGAGACUUGCACAUUGCAUUGUCCAAAGGGUCAGAAAGGGGAACGUGGAGAGAUGGGCCUGAAAGGACAAGCCGGGCCUCCUGGCCCCCCCGGCCUCCCGGGCAGGGCUGGUGCUCCUGGACCCCCAGGGCCUCCUGGAAGUACCGCUGCAAAGGGUGAGAGGGGCUUUCCUGGGACAGAUGGGCCUCCAGGCAGCCCUGGCCGCCCUGGGACUCCUGGAACCCCUGGCUCCAAGGGCUCCCCAGGGUGGCCUGGCCCUCGUGGAGAUCCAGGAGAGCGAGGACCUCGAGGCCCAAAGGGGGAGCCGGGAGAUCCCGGGCGAGUCAUUGGAGGCGAAGGCCCAGGGCUUCCUGGGCAGAAAGGGGACCGUGGACCUCCAGGCCUCCCUGGAUCCCGUGGCCCACUGGGGGACCCAGGACCCCGUGGUCCCCCAGGAAUUCCUGGAACGACUGUGAAGGGUGACAAAGGUGAUCGUGGGGAGCGGGGCCCCCCAGGACCAGGUGAUGGUGGCACUGUCCCAGGGGAGCCUGGGCUGCCGGGUCUUCCUGGAGGCCCUGGACCCCAAGGCCCAGUUGGCCCCUCUGGAGAGAAAGGAGAAAAGGGUGACUGUGAGGAUGGAGCCCCAGGCCUCCCAGGACAACCUGGGAGCCCGGGUGAGCGGGGCCCACGAGGACCUCCUGGGGACAUUGGCCCCAAAGGUGACCGAGGACUGAAAGGGGCUGUGGGUGAGAUUGGCGAGAAGGGUGAACGUGGACCCCCCGGCCCAGUGGGACCACAGGGGCUGCCUGGAGUGGCUGGACGUCCGGGAGCUGAGGGGCCCGAAGGGCCGCCAGGACCCACCGGCCGCAGAGGAGAGAAGGGGGAGCCUGGUCGCCCUGGGGACCCUGCAGUGGGACCUGAUGGUGCUGGGGCCAAAGGAGAGAAGGGAGAUGUGGGGCCCACGGGGCCUAGAGGAGCUACAGGAGUCAAAGGGGAGCGGGGCCCACCUGGCUUGGUUCUUCAAGGAGACCCUGGCCCCAAAGGAGACCCUGGAGACCGGGGUCCCAUUGGCCUGACAGGCAGAGCAGGACCCCCGGGUGACUCAGGACCUCCUGGAGAGAAGGGAGACCCUGGGCGGCCUGGCCCCCCAGGACUCGUCGGCCCCCGAGGACGAGAUGGUGAAGUUGGAGAGAAAGGUGAUGAAGGUCCCCCGGGUGACCCAGGUUUGCCUGGAAAAGCUGGCGAACGUGGCCUUCGGGGGGCACCUGGAGCUCGGGGACCUGUGGGUGAGAAAGGAGACCAAGGAGAUCCUGGAGAGGAUGGACGAAACGUGAGUGGUCUCCCGGGACCCCCUGCACGGCUGGUAGACAUGGGAGUUGGAGCUGGAGAGAAGGGAGAGCCGGGGGACCGUGGACAGGAGGGUCCUCGAGGACCCAAGGGUGACCCAGGCCCCCCUGGAGCUGCUGGGGAGAGGGGCAUCAGUGGACUCCGGGGGCCCCCAGGCCCUCAGGGGGACCCAGGUGUCCGAGGCCCAACAGGAGAAAAGGGUGACCGGGGUUCACCUGGCCUGGAUGGCCGCAGCGGGCUGGAUGGUAAACCAGGAGCCCCUGGCCCCCCUGGGCUGCAUGGUGCUGCAGGCAAAGCUGGAGACCCAGGGAGAGACGGGCUUCCAGGCCUCCGAGGAGAACACGGACCCCCUGGCCCGUCUGGCCCCCCUGGAGCCCAGGGAAAGCCAGGAGAAGAUGGCAAGCCUGGCCUGAAUGGGAAAAAUGGGGAACCUGGGGACCCUGGAGAAGAUGGAAGGAAGGGAGAGAAGGGAGAUUCGGGCACCCCUGGGAGAGAAGGUCACGAAGGUCCCAAGGGUGAGCGUGGAGCUCCUGGUAGCCCUGGACUCCAGGGUCCCCCAGGCCUCCCUGGGCAGGUGGGCCCUUCUGGCCAGGGUUUUCCUGGGGUUCCGGGAAACACAGGCCCCAAGGGUGACCGUGGGGAGAGUGGACCCAAAGGGGAACAGGGCCUUCCGGGAGAACGUGGCCUGAGAGGAGAACCUGGGAGCGUGGGGAAUGUGGAGCGGUUGCUGGAAACGAUUGGCAUCAAGACAUCUGCCCUGCGAGAGAUCGUGGAGACCUGGGAUGAGAGCUCCGGCAGCUUCCUGCCCUUGCCUGACCGGCGCCGUGGUCCUAAGGGGGACCCAGGCGAGCGGGGCCCCCCAGGCAAGGAGGGACCCAUUGGCUUUUCUGGAGAACGUGGGCUGAAGGGAGAUCGUGGAGACCCUGGCCCUCAGGGGCCACCAGGCCUGGCCCUUGGGGAAAGGGGCCCCCCUGGACCUCCCGGCCUUGCUGGGGAGCCUGGAAAGCCUGGUAUUCCUGGGCUCCCAGGCCGGGCUGGGGACGCAGGGGAGGCAGGAAGGCCAGGAGAGAGGGGAGAACGAGGAGAGAAAGGAGAACGUGGGGAACAGGGCAGAGAUGGCCCUCCUGGCCUCCCUGGACCUCCCGGCCCUCCUGGCCCCAAGGUGGCUGUGGAUGAGCUAGGUCCUGGACUCUCUGGAGUGCAAGGACCCCCUGGACUCAAAGGCACUAAGGGGGAUCCAGGCAGUGAUGGCGACCGAGGCCCCAAGGGAGACAGGGGUGUGCCAGGCAUCAAGGGAGACCGGGGAGAGCCUGGACAGAGGGGUCUUGAUGGCAGCCCGGGUCUACCAGGAGAGCGUGGUGUGGCUGGGCCUGAAGGGAAGCCGGGUUUGCAAGGUCCAAGGGGGACCCCUGGCCCAGUGGGUGGCCACGGAGACCCUGGACCUCCUGGUGCCCCGGGCCUUGCUGGCUCCACAGGACCCCAGGGUCCUUCUGGCCUGAAGGGGGAGCCUGGAGAGACAGGACCACCAGGACGGGGCCUGCCCGGACCCACCGGGGCUGUGGGACUUCCUGGCCCUCCUGGCCCUUCAGGCCUCGUGGGUCCUCAAGGGGCACCGGGUCUGCCUGGACAAGUGGGGGAGACAGGGAAGCCGGGAGCCCCAGGUCGUGAUGGUGCCAGUGGCAAAGAUGGAGACAGAGGAGCUCCUGGUGUGCCGGGGUCGCCAGGUCUGCCCGGCCCUGUUGGACCUAAAGGAGAGCCUGGACCCAUGGGGGCUCCUGGACAGGCUGUGGUCGGGCCCCCUGGAGCAAAGGGAGAGAAGGGAGCCCCCGGAGGCCUUGCUGGAGACCUGGUGGGAGAGCCGGGAGCCAAAGGUGAUCGAGGACUGCCAGGGCCUCGGGGCGAGAAGGGUGAAGCUGGCCGUGCAGGGGAGCCUGGAGACCCUGGGGAAGAUGGUCAAAAAGGGGCUCCUGGACUCAAGGGUAAUAAGGGUGACCCAGGAAUCGGGGUCCAGGGCCCCCUUGGGCCAGCUGGUCCUCCAGGUCUGAAGGGAGAUGCGGGCCCCCCUGGGCCCCCUGGUGCUCCUGGUGUUGUCGGAUUCCCCGGUCAGACAGGCCUUCGUGGAGAGAUGGGUCAGCCAGGCCCCAGUGGAGAGCGGGGUCUGGCAGGUCUCCCGGGGAGAGAGGGAGCCCCAGGUCCCUUGGGGCCACCUGGACCACCAGGGUCAGCGGGAGUGCCCGGGCCCUCUGGACUCAAAGGAGACAAGGGAGACCCUGGAGCAGGGCUGCCCGGGGCCCGAGGCGAGCGUGGGGAACCUGGUGUCCGGGGUGAAGAUGGCCGUCCCGGCCAGGAGGGACCCCGAGGACUCACGGGGCCCCCAGGCAGCCGGGGGGAACGUGGGGAGAAGGGUGACACUGGAACUACAGGGCUAAAGGGUGACAAGGGUGAUGCAGCCAUGGCUGUGGGGCCUCCAGGGCCACGGGGUGCCAAAGGGGACAUGGGCGAACGAGGGCCUCGGGGCAUAGAUGGUGACAAAGGACCUCGAGGAGACACUGGGAACCCUGGAGAGAAGGGCACCAAGGGAGAGCCUGGUGACAAGGGCUCAACCGGGUUGCUGGGAGCUCGUGGACUCACAGGACCCAAGGGUGAACCUGGUGCUGCAGGGAUCCCAGGUGACCCGGGAUCACCAGGAAAGGAUGGAACCCCUGGUAUCCGAGGCGACAAAGGAGAUAUUGGCUUCAUGGGUCCCCGGGGCCUCAAGGGUGAACGAGGGAUAAAGGGGGCCUGUGGCCUUGACGGAGAGAAGGGAGAUAAGGGAGAAGCUGGUCCCCCUGGCCGCCCUGGGCUGGCAGGACGCAAGGGAGAUGUGGGGGAGCCGGGUAUGCCGGGCCAGUCGGGGACCCCUGGAAAGGAGGGCCUGAUUGGUCCCAAGGGUGAUCGAGGCUUUGAUGGGCAGCCAGGAUCCAAGGGUGACCAGGGUGAGAAAGGGGAGCGGGGGCCCCCAGGAAUUGGGGGCUUCCCAGGUCCCAGGGGCAAUGAUGGCUCUAGUGGCCCCCCUGGGCCACCUGGCAGUGUUGGUCCCAAAGGCCCUGAAGGACUUCAGGGCCAGAAGGGUGAGCGAGGUCCCCCUGGAGAGAGAGUGGUGGGUGCCCCUGGGGCCCCUGGGGCCCCUGGAGAGAGAGGGGAGCAGGGGCGGCCAGGGCCCGCUGGCCCCCGCGGGGAAAAGGGAGAAGCUGCGUUAACAGAGGAUGACAUUCGGGGCUUUGUGCGUCAGGAGAUGAGUCAGCAUUGUGCCUGCCAGGGCCAGUUUAUUGCAUCUGGAUCACGACCCCUCCCUAGUUAUGCUGCAGACACUGCCAGCCCCCAGCUCCACCCUGUGCCUGUGCUCCGGGUCUCUCAUGCAGAGGAGGAAGGCGAGGUGCCCCCAGAGGACGAUGAAUAUGAAUAUUCUGAGUAUUCUGUGGAGGAAUACCAGGACCCUGAAGUUCUUCAGGAUGGCGAUGACCCCUGCUUGCUUCCACUGGAUGAGGGCUCCUGCACUGCCUACACCCUGCGCUGGUACCAUCGAGCUGUGGCAGGUGGCACAGAUGCCUGUCACCCCUUUGUCUAUGGCGGCUGUGGAGGGAAUGCGAAUCGUUUUGGGACCCGUGAGGCCUGUGAGCGCCGCUGCAUGCCCCGCAUGGUCCAGAGCCAGGGAACAGGUGCUGCCCGAAGCUGAGGCCCAGAUGAUGAGCUGAAGUCCAGCAUCCCCUGGUGGACUCCUGUCCCUCCCCUUGGUGCUACAGGCCUGAGUGCAUGUGAGCGUGCAUGAGCGUGUCCGUUAUUUCAGUGACUUGGUCCCGUGGGUCUAGCCUUCCCCCCUGUGGACAAACCCCCAUUGUGGCUCCUGCCUCCCUGGUAGAUGACUCAGUGUGGGGGUGGCUGUGGGCAGUGAGCGGAUGUGACUGCAUCUGACCCGCCCCUUGACCCAAGCCUGUGAUGACAUGGUGCUGAUUCUGGGGGGCAUUAAAGCUGCUGUUUUAAAAGGC